AGGAUUUUUGGGCCCUCCUCGUGCGCAUCUCUGGAUGGGGAAGGGGGGGUUUGGAUGAGUGGAGGAAUGAGGAGAUGUGGGGGGGGGAGGAGGAGAAUCACAUCAGUCUGCGGGUCACCUCCUCCUCUUCCUCCUCUUCCUCCUCCUCCUCCUCCUCCUCAUCACUCUGCGCCUUUUCUCCAUUCGGAUCGGACCCUAACCCGGCACCGGGAGCUCCAAACCCCGCCGGACCGGGACCGGGACAGAGCCAGCAGCAAGGCCGGAGGUGGUGGGGGGGGGACCGGCCGCGGGCCCCCGUCAUGCUGGGCACGGUGAAGAUGGAAGGCCACGAGGCUCCGGACUGGAGCGGAUACUACAGCGAGGAGGUCUACUCCCCGAUGGCGGCCGGAGGGAUGGGAUCCGGUCUGGGUAUGGGCUCCAUGCCCGGCUACAUGUCCAGCGGCGGAACCACGUCAGGCUCCUUCAACAUGUCCUACAGCGCCACCGGGCUGAGCCCCUCGCCCGCGGGGGGGAUGGGGGGCUCUGCCCCGCCGGCCAUGUCGGCCCUGGGUGGGGGCGUGGGCUCCAUGGGCGGGGCGCUGAGUCCCACCGGUAUGAGCUCGGUGUCGGCCCAGCAGGCCUCCAUGGGCCUGAACCCGUACGGCGGGAUGAGCCCCGCCAUGAGCCCCGGCAUGGUGUACGGCGGGGGCGGCGGGCUGAACCGCGCCCGCGACAACAAGGCCUUCCGACGCAGCUACCCGCACGCCAAGCCCCCCUACUCCUACAUCUCGCUCAUCACCAUGGCCAUCCAGCAGGCGCCCAGCAAGAUGCUGACGCUGAGCGAGAUCUACCAGUGGAUCAUGGACCUCUUCCCCUACUACCGGCAGAACCAGCAGCGCUGGCAGAACUCCAUCCGCCACUCGCUGUCCUUCAACGACUGCUUCGUCAAGGUGUCCCGCUCGCCGGACAAACCGGGCAAGGGCUCGUACUGGACCCUGCACCCGGACUCUGGGAACAUGUUCGAAAACGGCUGCUACCUGCGCCGUCAGAAGAGGUUCAAGUGUGAGAAGAAGAUUCGGACGGCAGGAAGGAGCACGGGGGGUCAGGGGGGGGGCCGAGGAGCAUCUCCUGCCGGAGACUCCGUCAAACCCGCGGGACUGAUGGACUCGUCUGGACCUUCCUCCAGCCAGGGAGCCUCCCCCUCUGGCCUGGAUUUGAGAGGAGGUAUCGUCGGGGUGUCGGAUCUGAAGGUGUCCGGCCCCCAGCUAAUGUCGUCCCUGUCGCUCCCCCCUCACGCCAUGGCCCACGAGUCCCCUCUGCACAUCAAAGGGGACCCCCACUACUCCUUCAACCACCCGUUCUCCAUCAACAACCUCAUGUCGUCCUCAGAGCAGCAGCACAAACUGGACCUGAAGGCGUACGAGGCGCUGCAGUACUCUUCGUACAACGCCGGGGGGGCCUCAGGUCUGGGGGGGAGAACCAUGGAAUCUCUAGAGGCGUCUUACUACCAGGGGAUGUAUCCUCGGCCCCUCCUGAACAGCUCCUCA